CAGUUGCAAAACAGAGCUUCUAAUUUCCCAAAUGGCAAAGCUAAUCCCCUGUUUUCUCCUCUGCUGCUUCCUCUUCACCUUGACCCAAAGCAGACAACCCCACGGCGAAGAACAAGCAGCACUGCAACAACAAGAAGCCGACAGAGUGACGAACUUGCCAGGACAGCCGCCGGCGAAGUUCCGGCACUACGCCGGAUACGUUAAACUCCGGCCACAGGACUCGAAGGCGUUGUUCUACUGGUUCUUUGAAGCCCAAUAUGAAGUUUCUCGCAAGCCUCUUGUUCUUUGGCUUAAUGGAGGACCUGGUUGCUCGUCGGUGGCCUACGGAGCAGCACAAGAGCUUGGUCCUUUCCUUAUUCGUAGCAAUGACUCUCGGCUUACUUUCAACAAAUUCUCUUGGAAUAAAGUGGCAAAUAUGCUGUUUUUGGAGGCACCGGUUGGGGUCGGAUUUUCUUACACCAACAAUUCCAAGGAUUUACAUGAGCUUGGUGAUCGAAUUACAGCGGCAGACUCUUAUAAUUUCUUAACAAAUUGGUUCAAAAGAUUCCCACACUUCAAAGCCCAUGAUUUUUACAUUGCCGGAGAGAGUUAUGCUGGUCAUUACGUUCCCCAGCUGGCGCAACUCAUUUAUGACAAAAACAAAGCAUCGAGUCCCGACUCCUACAUUAAUUUCAAAGGAUUCAUGAUAGGAAACGCGGCGAUCAACGAACCGACGGAUACCUUAGGGCUCUUCGAUUACGCGUGGAGUCACGCAAUCAUCUCGGACCAACUCUACGAUAAGAUACACACGGAAUGUGACUUUAAACAGAGCACCAGUAACCUUACGGCCCGAUGCGCCGAUCAUAUCAGAGGUUUCAUGGACGCUUACGCCAACAUCGACAUGUACAGCAUCUACACUCCGGUGUGCACCAAAUCUCCCAGAACAAGAACAUACCCCAAACUCACAGGUUUUUGGCAUAAGCUACCGUCGGGGUACGAUCCAUGCACGGAAGACUACGUCGAGACAUACUUCAACAGAAAAGAUGUUCAAAGUGCAUUGCAUGCUAAUCUGACGAAGCUUCCAUAUCCCUACACUACAUGCAGCGGUGAAAUCAAGGGCUGGAAUGAAUCUCCCGAUUCCAUGUUGCCCAUCAUUCAGAAACUCCUCGAUGCUGGCCUACGUAUUUGGAUUUACAGUGGAGAUACAGAUGGGAGAGUGCCGGUGACGUCUACGAGGUACAGCAUAAAGAAGAUGGGAUUAAGAGUGAAAGAAGAGUGGAGGGCGUGGUUCCACAAGAGUCAAGUGGGUGGAUGGGUGGAGGUGUACGAAGGGGGGCUGACGUUCGCCACUGUGCGCGGUGCCGGCCAUCAAGUCCCGGUGUUCGCGCCUUGGCAGUCGCUUAAUCUCUUCACCCAUUUCCUCGCUGCCACCGCCUUGCCGUCUUCACGGUUCUAGCUGAAUGCCAGCCACUUGCUAUCCAAUAUAUAUGUUCCGACGAACCUAGUUUGGACAUUUAAUUUAUAUCAAAAUGUUUUUAGUUACAAUUACAAUAUUGCAAUUCUAUUUAUAUUCUAUUAUCAUUA